AUGAAUGGUGAGCAGCAAAAGCCUCAUCUUCUUGUCUCAUACUUGCUAGUUGCUACUUGGCACUUGUUCUUUCUUCCCUCGGCGCAACAAUCGUUUGGGCCCUCGGCCCGUGUUUCCAUCACCAGGCCCACGUUCCAAAAACUGGUUCGCGCCAAAGCCCAUAAAUCCACCCGCGAGAACCGCCACGGGGGAAGAAAAAAUCAAAACCGACGAGAAAGAAAUUGGGGAAAUCGGAGACCAAAAUCUCUACUCGCUGGCCACCGAUCAGCCAUGGUAGAGAUCGUUGAAGUCGACGACGUUGGGUAUCGGAGUUCCAGAACCGCAGAAUUCGACAAUGGCAGCGAGAAGAAGAAAACGAAGGAAGCGAAUAUGGUUGAGAUCACUCUCAAAACCAUCGGCCCUUCUCCCUCUUCGCGCCUCCACAUUCCGUCUCCCGUCACGGUGCGGGACUUGAGGAAAUUGAUAGCUGAAAGUAAGAAUCUUCCGGCUGAAAAUCUGAGAUUAGUCUUGCACGGAAAGAUGGUGGAAGAUGGCGGAGAUGAUGAUAUGCUCAUUACACUAAAGAAUAAUGAUGCUUUGAUUGUGGCUGUGAAACCAAAACCUCCGGCUAAGCAUCUCCAGGAUGGAUGUGAUGACGACGAUGAUCUGUUUUUUGGCAAGCAGAAAUUUCAGCUGCCACAAUCAACAAGUCCAUGGAAGAGGAAGCUCUACUUUUUUCUUCGCCACAAGUUGAAAAUUCCAGGCAAGGCUCCUGUGGUAGAGUUCUUGCAUCUCAACCUACCAAUAUCAGACCUGUCUUUGUUUAAAAUGUUCUUCGCUUUGUUAUGGGCAGAUAUGCUUUUAGCUGGACUUUUCUCACUCUCUGCAAAGGUUUGGGCGGCUAUUAUUUUGUGGUUCAUUUUUGCACCUGUUGCUAAUAGAUGGCAUCUUGGUCCUUUAUAUAUACUUGGCACGGGCUUUGCAAUCAUCUUCCUGAAUCUGGGACGAAGGCAAGCAGGAGACGUUAGCGCAUAUUCGAUCUUCAAUGAAGACUUCAGGGAGCUUCCUGGCACUCUGAAUGCAGAUCGCUUGGAUAGAGAUAUUCGUGCUGGUCAGAUGUGAGCGAGAGGCUUUAACGUAUCGUUGUUGCUAGAGAAAACACAUUUGCUAACGUGCACAGAAAAUUUUGUUGUAUAUGUUUCUAACCCUACAGAUUUACAUGCUGUAGUUUAUGUUCGAAGUAACAAACCCUUUCGAGUAGUGAACUCUGGUGUUUAUAUCUUUUACUGAUGUCAGUAUAUAUGUAAAUGUGGCAUGGGAAAACUGGUUUUUUUUUUGUGGUACUGUAUCAUACCAACAGUUGUAUCAGUUUAAAUCGUGAUUUGGUAUUCAAGCUUGUACGAUCGUAUUAAUGCUUUACUUUGGUACGUAAGUGAUCUUAUCAUUUGCAUCGUCGGUCGCAGUGGAAGGACACUCAUUUCUGAUCUCUUUUGAGUCAACUAGUGCUUGGUUUAAUGAAAGGGAUGUGCAUAGGUUUCUGAAACAGGAGUCGGUUUCAGCUUGGUGGGAAGAGUUUGGUG